GACGGGAGGUCUUCCCCCGCUCCUCGUUUCCGCAGGAAUGUUGGGCUCUCCACGGAACCAAGAAGAAUUGGACGCUGUCCGUUUCCUCCCUGCUUCAAGCCCCGUCGCCUGUUCGUCGCUUUGGUCCUUUUGUGCGGUAAAUGUGUGUGAGUCGCACUUUGACCUUGUUCUGUCUCUUCGUUCGCCUUUCUUGCUCCCCCAUCUGCAUUCUGAGAAAGACAGAGACCCUGGAGAGCGUCGCUGCCGAGACGGCGGGGCGCGAAGCACUGUACAAUCGGCUUUCGUCAAGGCCAUCCUUUCCUCGCCGUUCCUUUAUUUUGUUUUCCUGCUCCCUUUCGCUCUUUCCGUGUCACACACUCUUCCGUUGCCCCUGUCCUCCUCUUGCGCCUUUCCGGGUCUCUCAUGUCCUCGCGUCUGCUUCCCUUUGCUUCUUUUUUCAAGGUCUCGACUGUCUCCGUAUGUCUUCCGAGUUUUUUUUCGUUUCGCACUCCGUUCGCGUCUCCCUUUGUUGGAGAGACGAAAGCAGUCGCCUCUGCAGCGCAUGCAGGUGCCACAAAGAAUGACUCCAAGUGUAUGGACCCCUCGCGGUCUCCUUGGCUUCCGCUCUUCCCCCGCUGAGAGGGACGAGCACAGAGACAGAACACACAGAACGAAAACGAGAGAUUGA